GUGAGUUCGUUUAUCCGGUUAUAGAGCAUUAUGGAGAGAAAAUGUUUCUGCUGAAGAAAGUGAGGACCGGAGUCGUGCCGAGGGUGCCCAAAAAUGUGGGCUAUUUGGCUGUGCACUGAACUGUGCAUGAGAUCCUAUGGGAUCAGCCUUCGAAUAAACACCUCAGUGCCCAGCACCAAAGUUUCAGGCUAACGGUGAGACGACCUAAGCUUCGCCCAUCCCGUUGAUCAACUUUCCUCUUCAAUGCCAUCAUGCCAAUCAUCAGCAAUGCCAAUCAUGACUUCAGCAACCUCUCGGUCAGUGAUGACAGCAGCUUGGACCACAUCUUCACCGAGAUCCCAGAAACCGAGACCAUCAAGGGAGUGUAUUACCAGCGGGCUCAGUUUAUUCGCCGACCCGAAGACCUUAAUUUGGUUGAUCAUGGCCUGCAGGCUCUCAUCAAUGUGGGGGGCAACCGAUACACCUUCCCUUGGAGUACGUUGGAGCAGUUCCCCUUGACACGGUUAGGACGUCUUAAACCCUGCAGCAGCCCUGAAGAGAUUGCUCGCGUCUGCGACGAUUACGAUGAGGCACGCCAUGAAUUUUUCUUCGACCGUAGCCCCAACGCGUUCCGUGUAAUCCUCAACUUCCUAGCAGCCGGAAAGCUGCGUUUGUUACGAGAGAUGUGUGCACUCUCGCUGCACGAGGAGCUCAACUAUUGGGGUGUAGAGAUGACUUACAUGGAGCGCUGCUGCAAGCGCAAGAUGUACACACGCCUUGAGGAGGUCGCCGAGCUCGAGCGGCGAGAGGAGGAACGUCGCCAACGUAAUUUGCAGCUGCGCCCUCCUAUUGUGGAGACACGUUACCGCAAGUUCAUGAACCAACUGAGGGACAUGGUGGAGAACCCUCAGUCAGGCGUGCCUGGAAAGGUGUUUGCUUGUUUUUCUGUGUUGAUGGUGGCCAUAACAGUAAUCAGCCUGUGCAUCAGUACCAUGCCGGACCUCAGAGAAGAGGAGAAUAGGGGUGUGUGCUCGCAGAAAUGCCAGCAUAUGUUUAUCAUUGAGACGGUGUGUGUGGCCUGGUUCUCCCUGGAGUUUCUGCUACGGUUCGUGCAGGCACGCAGCAAGCUGCAGUUUCUCCGUGGACCCUUGAACAUCAUCGACGCCAUGGCCAUUCUGCCCUACUACGUGUCUCUGGUUGUGGAUGAGAAACCCAAUGACGAAAAUGAGCGACCUUCUGGAGGUAAGGGCUACUUGGACAAGCUUGGAUUGGUACUACGGAUCCUACGUGCCCUUCGGAUCCUCUAUGUGAUGCGGCUGGCCCGCCACUCUCUGGGUUUGCAGACACUGGGACUGACGGUGCGCCGGAGCACUCGUGAGUUUGGCCUGCUGCUGCUUUUUCUCUGCGUGGCCGUGACGCUCUUCUCGCCGCUGGUGCACCUGGCGGAGAGCGAGCUGACCGGAGUGCAGGAUUUCAGCAGCAUCCCUGCUUCUUAUUGGUGGGCGAUCAUCUCCAUGACCACAGUGGGUUAUGGAGACAUGGUGCCCAGGAGCAUCCCCGGCCAGGUGGUGGCGCUCAGCAGCAUCCUGAGUGGGAUCCUAAUCAUGGCCUUUCCAGCCACUUCCAUCUUCCACAUGUUUUCGCGAUCCUAUCAGGAAUUGAAACAGGAGCAUGAUAGGCUCUUUAAAGAGGAGUGUGCGGCGGCCGCAGCUGCAACCACAGGACUCGAGGAAGAGCAGGAUGGAGGAUGGGUGGCCUUUCCUCCACCUAGACUAGUUCUUACUCCGGACACAGAGACAGCUGGCUCCUGUGAAGACCUUUCUCUACUUGGGAAUGGUGGAGAGACUUCUGGGAAUAACAAGCACCCUUUACCAGCUGGAGCUUUUUGAGAAAUGCACAUGCACUGUUCUUUAGGACAAACCUGUUCUUCCUUGACCUCGUACUGAACCCUCUCGAAGUGAAAGAGGUGAAUUUUCGGAGACAACUCUGUCUAAAGAGUUACAGGGCCUUGAAGUUUUUUUGUCUUCCGUCAGCCACAAGCUGACUACAGCUCAUGAAAGUACUAUUUGCUUCAUAUUCACACUGUGGACUUAACUGCUAUACCAGAUUUAGCACUCCAUGCAAUAGAAAUAAAUAAAUAAACCUGCAUAGUUGAUCUCCAAAGCCUUGUUGAAGACUAUUAGACAUAUAGAAGAGAAAUGUAGGUUCCUCAGAUCGACCACAUUUUUGACAAAUCCAAAGAUGUGCUGUUUUGUUGACUGUAUCAGAUGCAAGAUUUGCUCUUCCAGAAAAAGUGCACAUAUAAUUCCCUGCAUUGGUCGGGACAGGCAUGCAGUGGCUCUUGUACAGCUCCAAAUAAAAACAACAGUAAUCUCUG